GAGAGGCGCACAGUUAAAGUGGAGCUGCAGAUGGAGUGAGAUGAGAAACGUCUCUUAUGGAACAGACGGACGGACGGUUUGACCUUCACACAGCAAAAUGAACAGCCCUGAUAAUCAGCGAGCCCUGGACGUGGUGAAGGCGUGUGUGCACCUUGGCAUGUUCGUGGCUACGAGCAUGUUCACGUACGUGUUCACCGUGACGGUACACGGCUCGCCACAUCUGCGCCGUAACGCUCACUACCUCCUGCUGCUGCAGCACUGCUUCAGCCUCACGGGCUUCAACGCGGCGGGCGGCGUGAUACACGGCCUGCGCUUCCUGCGCCUCCCCAUCACUCGCCUCGCCUGCUGGAUCCUGUUCGACCUCCAGGUGGUGAUGGCGCGCGGCGUCACCCUCACCCUCACCCUCAUGUGCAUGUGCACGUGCCUCUCCGUGUGCUACCCGCUGCGCUACAACGCACUGGUGGGCGUCUUGUAUCGCUGGGUGAUUUUAGUCACAUGGCUACUGGCUCUGGUGAAUCCGCUGGUGUUUACGAUCAUGGCGUGUCUGCAGAAGCCGUGGAGCUACGUGAUGGCUCUGGACACCGAGUGCUCUACUGCUCUGGAGGGUAAAGCGUGCCUCAUCAGCGCGUUCCUGCUCCUGGUACUCAUGGUGCUGCUUAUGGUCAGCAGCUACGUCCUCAUCUAUCUGGAGGGUUACCACGCUGGACAUUUCUCUCAAUCCAACAGUAAAGGACGGCACACCAUCCUCAUCCACAUGCUGCAGCUCAGCCUGCACAUCUUACCCAUCUUCAUCAUUAUCUCCCGCGUGCACCAGGUGCUCAUCUUAGCGAUCAUCACCUUCCUGAUCUUCAGCAUCUCACAGUUUCUCAGUCCAGUCAUUUACGGUCUGCGGUGCAAAGAACUUAGCAAAGAAAUCCCAAGAUUUUUUACGUGCUACUUUAACAAAAGCCCCAAUCUGGAGGCCAGCGUGAGCGCAGAACGUCGUGGAAGUACCAGGACAAUCAGCAGCACCUCCGGAGCAGUGAGCAGCACCGUAACCAGUAACAGCACCAGUACCAUUACUGCCCACAUGCCGGACGGAGAGGACCAGGAGGAGAAGGAGGAGGUGAAGGACAAGAACAACAAGCAUGAAGAAAGUACAGUGUGAAAAGUGUAAAGUCUUUGGUACAGCUGUUCCAACAACAGGAUGUGACAAAAAGGACAAAACUGAAAAAAACAAAAUCUCCAGUUUUAGAGUGAUGGAAAAAGGUCAUGUGACCUGUUGAGUCCAGACUGAGCCUAUUCCAGAGUGAUGGGCGUGUCAGGGUGAGAAGGGAAGGACAUGAAGCGAUGCUCCCAUCAUGCAUAGUGUCCACUGUACAAGCCUCUGGAGACAGUGUUAUGAUCUGGGGUUGAUCAGUUACUCAGGUCUAGACUCAGUAACGUUAUGGGGCAAUAAAAUGAAGUCAGCUGACCACCUGAAUGUACUGAACCACCAGAGGAUCACAUCUAUGGAGGGUUUAGAUCUUCACUGAUGGAACGGGACGUAUUCCAGGACUCAGAGUGUGUGAGAGCGUCUCUGGGAGGAUGAGGAAUCAUUUACACAC